UUUUAUGUAUUUUAAACUUUUUCCAUAAAAAUAGUUUAAGGAAAGUUAAAAAUGUUAUUUUCUAAACUGAAGGAGUAAUAGCGCGCCCUUUGUAGAAACAAAAGAUUUCUACAAAGAAAAGUGAAGUCUCCCUCCGACUCCAGAUCCUUACACCCCUCCUCAGGGCAAUCCUAGGAACAAUUUCCCACGUAGUUGUCAAGAAAGUUUCCACGAAAAUAUUUUUAAAUGUACAUACUCAUAAAAUACAAAUAUUUUUAAAACCACAAAUGGUAGCGUAUUAUACACGUUAUUUUAUGCCUUCUGAAGUUUUAUUUCCUAUUUUAAUACAAUGAAUAUGUCUACACGUUACAAUAUUGUGGAUUUUUAUGCUUUACAAUUGAGCUUCUUCCUUCAAGUUUCUUUGAUUUAUUCAAGAGAUAAAAGGCCUACAGCUUCAUAUUCCUCAGGAUUAUUUACAAAAAGAAGGAUGGCUCAGCCAAGGCUAAAUUUAGGUUACAGUUCCUAAUAUUAACAGUUUUCAAGUUUAGGUUUCAGCUUUUGGGACAUUAUUGUUACCCUGAAAAAUGUCAUGUUUAAAAACACCUCACACCUCUACUAUAGAUUGGAUCUUGGGAAAUAGGGUUGAGGACGGGAUCAAUAUAACCUCCGCCCCGGCGCAUACCCGGGAGAGCUGCAGACGGUCUAAAGGAUGUGGUGACCUCAGCGCUGCGUCCCUGCAGCAACCGGCGAGUGCUGGGGCACAGGCCAUAUCCCCCUAAGCUCGGCAUCGCCUGCACCUCUCACAGGUGCUCUGUCCGCCACAGUAACGCUCUAUGGAAAUUAAAGUUGUAAGGCGAACGACAGAAGGAGCCAAACGAGGUGGAUCCGGAGCGGCCACAAGGUGCCUGUGCUGCUGGCUUUUAACACACAAAAAGAGGAGUGCCAAGGAAUACAAGAAGCCACAGGGGGAAUAAAAAGCGACAUAUCUGCAUGGAGCCUAAAUUUCGCUCGAUGAUUUUCAGGGAAGAAGCAUUACAUAUUAAAAACAAACAUUGCUAUUUUACGGGAAUACCGGAUUUAAAAAUCCACACAGAUUCGCAACAUAAAACAGGCAGCCCAAAGACACGUCCGCGGUGUCCUGACAGUUCCGGCUCCGCCCGCGGGCCACGAGGCGGGGAUCGACGGUCACUCCCCUCGGUUGCCCAGAGUACUUGGGCGGCAACGGGGAGCGCCGGGGGGAGACAAGCUCCUGGGCUAGGGCUGCGUCUCAGCCACCUUGCUUAGCUCUCGAGGUCCCGCGUGUUACGUGUUAGCACCGCCCCGGGGCGUCAGCGUGACCCGGGGCUGCAGGAACCGUGAACUCCCUGCCCCGCGGGCCCAGGUGACCGCGGGCAUCGCUCUCCCGCGCGCGGGGGGCGGGGCUUCCCCCGGCUGUACACUCAGCUACCACAGCGACAUAAGAUGGUGUCCGCUAGGCGUCCCAGGACGGCUUCCUAAGGGACUGGAGGGCCCCGACAGCCGGAGAGUCUGCCCCGCCCCUUGGCCGGCACAGGUAGGACGGCGGGGAGCUCAGAAGUUUCGAACUCCAAGGGCCGAAGCACAGCCAAAUACCCCACGGAACUUAACAAAUGUUUGUGGGGAGAACGCCAAAAACGCGGGGAGGCGGGGCUGGCGCACAGUCACCCUCUCGCGACAUCUAAGUGACGUCGCAUAGCAAGCACGUGUUCUAGUCUUUCACCUUCAGUCAGCCUCCUCCGUUAUAUGGGCCUACCCCUUUAAGCGAGUGAUGGACAGUUACUUCAGCCUAUCAACUUCCUUGCAGACAUCCAAUCAGAUUUAAACUUCUUUUAGCCGCCGGAGGAGUUGGAAAAAGGGGGUCGAAAGAGGGAGCUCACCGUCUCUCGCGAUAUCGCUGUGAGCCUGCCUCUCGAAAAAACGCCGAAACUUGGCCCCACCUCCCAAAUAGUGGUUUAAAGGACGGGUUUAUAAGCCAAUGAAAGGGAUGAGGAGGCGGGGUUGCUGCUUUCACUGAGCAAGAAGUACCGUUACAGGGCAGACUUUUUGUCCAAUCAACACAGCUACACUUUGGGUCACGUGACCGCAGAGUGCGAGGGGCGGAGCUACAGCCUGGCGCGAGGAACCGUUAAGAUAGACAACAAAUGUAACCAAUGAGGUACUCUGACUAGGGGGUUGGGAACCCAAUAACAGUGGUUGGGCGGGCGCCUUCCUGGAGCGCGGGGAGAUGUAAAGAUAGACAAAUAAUUUUCCCAAUGAGACUGUAGAAGAGAGAGCUAAUUGGCCAAUGAGGACUGCGGGGCGGGACCCUGUGCCGCGGCGGAGUCCAAGAUGGCGGCGUGCGGUUCCGCUGUGUGAAACGAGCGCGGGGCGGCGGGUUGAUCAGCUCCGCGGAGACGACCUCCGAGGACCCGCAACAAUGAAGGGAAAAGAGCGCUCGCCAGUCAAGGCCAAACGCUCCCGUGGUGGUGAGGACUCGACUUCCCGCGGAGAGCGGAGCAAGAAGUUAGGGGGCUCUGGUGGCAGCAAUGGGAGCAGCAGCGGAAAGACCGAUAGCGGCGGCGGGUCGCGGCGGAGUCUCCACCUGGACAAGUCCAGCAGUCGAGGUGGCAGCCGCGAGUAUGACACCGGUGGGGGCAGCUCCAGUAGCCGCUUGCAUAGUUAUAGCUCCCCGAGCACCAAAAAUUCUUCGGGCGGGGGCGAGUCGCGCAGCAGCUCCCGGGGUGGAGGCGGGGAGUCACGUUCCUCUGGGGCCGCCUCCUCAGCUCCCGGCGGCGGGGACGGCGCGGAAUACAAGACUCUGAAGAUAAGCGAGUUGGGGUCCCAGCUUAGUGACGAAGCGGUGGAGGACGGCCUGUUUCAUGAGUUCAAACGUUUCGGUGAUGUAAGUGUCAAAAUCAGUCAUCUGUCGGGUUCUGGCAGCGGGGAUGAGCGGGUAGCCUUUGUGAACUUCCGGCGGCCAGAGGACGCGCGGGCGGCCAAGCAUGCCAGAGGCCGCCUGGUGCUCUAUGACCGGCCUCUGAAGAUAGAAGCUGUGUAUGUGAGCCGGCGCCGCAGCCGCUCCCCUUUAGACAAAGAUACUUAUCCUCCUUCAGCCAGCGUGGUCGGGGCCUCUGUAGGUGGUCACCGGCACCCCCCUGGAGGUGGUGGAGGCCAGAGAUCACUUUCCCCUGGUGGCGCUGCUUUAGGAUACAGAGACUACCGGCUGCAGCAGUUGGCUCUUGGCCGCCUGCCCCCUCCACCUCCGCCACCAUUGCCUCGAGAGCUGGAGAGAGAAAGAGACUACCCGUUCUAUGAGAGAGUGCGCCCUGCAUACAGUCUUGAGCCAAGGGUGGGAGCUGGAGCAGGUGCUGCUCCUUUCAGAGAAGUGGAUGAGAUUUCACCCGAGGAUGAUCAGCGAGCUAACCGGACGCUUUUCUUGGGCAACCUAGACAUCACUGUAACGGAGAAUGAUCUAAGAAGGGCGUUUGAUCGCUUUGGAGUCAUCACAGAAGUAGAUAUCAAGAGGCCUUCUCGCGGCCAGACUAGUACUUACGGCUUUCUCAAAUUUGAGAACUUAGAUAUGUCUCACCGGGCCAAAUUAGCAAUGUCCGGCAAAAUUAUAAUUCGGAAUCCUAUCAAAAUUGGUUAUGGUAAAGCUACACCUACCACCCGCCUCUGGGUGGGAGGCCUGGGACCUUGGGUUCCUCUUGCUGCCCUGGCACGAGAAUUUGAUCGAUUUGGCACCAUACGCACCAUAGACUACCGAAAAGGUGAUAGUUGGGCAUAUAUCCAGUAUGAAAGCCUGGAUGCAGCGCAUGCUGCCUGGACCCAUAUGCGGGGCUUCCCACUUGGUGGCCCAGAUCGACGCCUUAGAGUAGACUUUGCCGACACCGAACAUCGUUACCAGCAGCAGUAUCUGCAGCCUCUGCCCUUGACUCAUUAUGAGCUGGUGACAGAUGCUUUUGGACAUCGGGCACCUGACCCUUUGAGGGGUGCUCGGGAUAGGACACCACCCUUACUAUACAGAGAUCGUGAUAGGGACCUUUAUCCUGACUCUGAUUGGGUGCCACCCCCACCCCCAGUCCGAGAACGCAGCACUCGGACUGCAGCUACUUCUGUGCCUGCUUACGAGCCACUGGAUAGCCUUGAUCGCAGGCGGGAUGGUUGGUCCUUGGACCGGGACAGAGGUGAUCGAGAUCUGCCCAGCAGCAGAGACCAGCCUAGGAAGCGAAGGCUGCCUGAGGAGAGUGGAGGACGUCAUCUGGAUAGGUCUCCUGAGAGUGACCGCCCACGAAAACGUCACUGCGCUCCUUCUCCUGACCGCAGUCCAGAAUUGAGCAGUAGCCGGGAUCGUUACAACAGCGACAAUGAUCGAUCUUCCCGUCUUCUCUUGGAAAGGCCCUCUCCAAUCAGAGACAGACGAAGUAGUUUGGAGAAGAGCCAGGGUGACAAGCGAGACCGUAAAAACUCUGCAUCAGCUGAACGAGAUAGGAAGCACCGGACAACUGCUCCCACUGAGGGAAAAAGCCCUCUGAAAAAAGAAGACCGCUCUGAUGGGAGUGCACCUAGCACCAGCACUGCUUCCUGCAAGCUGAAGUCCCCGUCCCAGAAACAGGAUGGGGGGACAGCCCCUGCGGCAGCAGCCUCUCCCAAACUCUGUUUGGCCUGGCAGGGCAUGCUUCUACUGAAGAACAGCAACUUUCCUUCCAACAUGCAUCUGUUGCAGGGUGACCUCCAAGUGGCUAGUAGUCUUCUUGUGGAGGGUUCAACUGGAGGCAAAGUGGCCCAGCUCAAGAUCACUCAGCGUCUCCGUUUGGACCAGCCCAAGUUGGAUGAAGUAACUCGACGCAUCAAAGUAGCAGGGCCCAAUGGUUAUGCCAUUCUUCUGGCUGUGCCUGGAAGUUCUGACAGCCGGUCUUCCUCUUCCUCAGCUGCAUCAGACACUGCCACUUCUACUCAGAGGCCACUUAGGAACCUUGUGUCCUAUUUAAAGCAAAAGCAGGCAGCCGGGGUGAUCAGCCUCCCUGUGGGGGGCAACAAAGACAAGGAAAACACCGGGGUCCUUCAUGCCUUCCCACCUUGUGAGUUCUCCCAGCAGUUCCUGGAUUCCCCUGCCAAGGCACUGGCCAAAUCUGAAGAAGAUUACCUGGUCAUGAUCAUUGUCCGUGCAAAACUGGUUGAACAGCGGAUGAAGAUAUGGAAUUCAAAGCUCUAAUGGACCUUUUUGAAGAGAAGUUGUGGCUUAUGUGGAGUUUACAUGGGCCUCUGAUGGAAGAAAGCUAAUCUGUUUAGUAUUUGUGCAUUUUACUAAAAUGGCAGCUUAAAGUUGUGUAUCUGCUAUUGUGAUGCCAAUGCCGGUGUUUUAAGUGGAAAAAAAAAUGACCUCUUUGCUUUGUGCUGUGUACACAAGAUUUCUGGAAAAGUAAAGAAAAACCCUUUUUAUGGCUCACACAGCUUAAGAGUAGCUGUCUCUCAAACGUGCGCUCACAGUUGAGCUGCUUUUGUUUUAUUCUAAAUAAAUUGUUUCUUUUGAGGAAAAUGUUUUUCUGCCUGGAAGUGAAUUGACGGCAAACCUUUGACCCCUUUGUUUGCAGCCGAGGGGGUACUUGCUGCUGCUCAGAUCUUGUAUGUCUUGAGCAAGAAGCAGGGAGACCAUCAAUUUCAUUUUGACUAUCACGGUGUGUCAAUUCUGAAGGAUCACUAGUGUUACUGUUGACCCCCUUUGUUUGCAGUGAAGGGGAUCAUUUGCUUCUCGGUUCUCAACGUGAUGAGGAAAUGGUGCUGUUUGCUGGCACGCAAGAAGCCGGGGCAGGCACCCUAAGCCUCACCACAGUGCCUGAGUCGGGGGCUUUUGCUGGUUUGAAGAGCUGGAGUUGCUGAAAUUUAAGUUUUGAUUUAUUUUGUUCACCCAUCACGUUUGGCCUUAGUUUCAUUUUUAAUUUGAAGAAAAGUUUGAAAUUGCUUUAUCUUGCACUUAACAUUUGCACCAAAUUGCCAAAAGAAGGAGAAAUACUCCGUUUGCUUUUUAAAUGUUAAUGAUGAUGUUAAUAAAGCCUUUCCUGACACAUUUGAGGAGCUCCUCCGUCUCCAGGGGCUUCUUACCAGAGUUAUGCAGUGAUGGGUUUAGUUCUGAAUGGAUGAAGAGUUCCUGAGAGCUAGCGUUUGUAAUUAGAACCGUUACUUGGUAUCUGUGCCUUAUUUGACCUUUGGUUCUACAUGCCUUGGAUGUGCAUGCACCGUGACGGUUUCAUAGGUACGAACGCACACUCAGGCCCAGUCACUUCGGUUGGUAGUACAGAUUGUGAGGAAAAAGAUGGAGGCAUCCUUAAGGAGGAAAAAUGUUUGCCUUUAGUUCCUGCAUUAUCCUGUACAGGGGCUCCUGAGUUUUGGAAGCCUGUUCCCAGUACAGGAGAACAACUCCCCUGUUCGCAGCAGCAGACUUCGGUGCACAGUGACAACGCUGGAGUUCAAGAGGAAGCCAGCAAUGCUGCACCAUUGGCUUCAGACACCAUUGUUGUUGUUUGCCAGUUUUAAACUUAACUAGUUGCAGACGAAGACCACCUUGAAAUGCAGGCUUGUUGGGCUUGUUUUGAAUUUUAACCUCGGAUGGAAGAGCCCUAGUGCUGUCUGUCUCCAUGCGGGAUGAUGAUUGCUAGGCAACAGGUGAUUAUCAACAAAGGAUGCCACGGUUAUACUCUGCAAGGUGGUGUUCCAGUGGCAAACAGCUGUAUAAACUCUUGUAAACAGGAACUACUGACAAAAACCUAUAGUCGACUUUGGGAUCUGACUUUAUUAUUCAGCAACUCAAAGAUGAGUUCUAAUUGGCAGACUUCUGGCACUGGCACUUGUCCUCCUGUUUCUAUAGAAACUGGGUUGGAAGUCAGAGCUGCACAAAGGGAAAGGGAGUUUCAACUUUUGCGAUUUGGUAAUAACAGAUUUAGGUAAGUAAAAAAUGAGAAUCUUAUACAGUUCUGAAGAUUCUAAGUUUGGUUGAUAAUUUAAUGUUUCAUCACCAGUAAACCUUUUGAUUCAGUUAAAGACUCAGUUCUGCCUACAUCUGCAAGAACUGAGUUGAUCUGUACAUCAACAUUUCUAAUGUUUCUUUGGUAGUUGCUGCUGGAGUCAGAAGUUAGGAACAAAUCUAAUGGCCUUUGUAACGUCCUCUGUCAUUUCACCGAGGAAUGACUUAGAGGAACAAAGCUUUCCUGUAAUUUAUUUCUUCAACAGAUGGUUAAGGGCACAGCAUUGCAGUUAGAAUCUUGUUUAAGAUACUAGGAGCACGUCCUGGACUAAAAAUUUCUACGUAAGCUUUAGCAAUAACCUUAUAACUUGCUUUGACUUUUUUGUAGAGCUUACAGAAUGUAUGGCUGCCUAAGUAAUACUCUCUGAAUUAAUGGGUAAAAAAAUAUGAGUUUUUUAUCCUUACAUAUGGUGCUAGGAUAUACUGGAUUUGGGCUAACAAAAGCUUGUUAACUUUUUUUUGUCUUAUUGACAGAAGUAUUUUAUAUCUCAUAUUUUACAUUACAUAGGUGUGUGUGUGUAUGAAAUAAAAGUUUGAAAAUAAAGUGAUAUAUUCUGUUUUUUAAUCUGCUCUGUGGUAGUCUGUUUUCAUAAAAACAAUGAGAUCAUUACCCAACAAAUUUACUUCAGAACUCACAUAUAUACCUGUAGCUUUUUCUUUUCAGGUAAUGGUCUUCAGAAAACUUGCCUUGUCUUCUCGAGUAUUGAACUAUUUAAACAUUUUAUUUUAAGAAGUAUACAAAGACAUAUAGGACAUUAAACGUGUUAUAGUUUUGUCGCUUGUCUUUUUCAUUUGAGUAAGAUAUUCUAUGCCCUUGUAUUUGUUACUUCCUUGUACUUUUGGCCCAAUAGGCUUGAAAAGUUUCAAGAUACUACUGGGACAGCCAGUGAAGAAGGAUCAAGAUUGAAAAAAUGCAUCAGCAAACUGUGUUUGAGCUCUGUUUUCUGUAUCUCACUGUCCUGGGUACUAGCCAUAGAGUAGUUGUGCAAGGGAUCUCUUCUUUAAGAUUAUGUCUUAAAAGGAGCCAAACAAGUUUCUGGAACUGAAGGAGAGAAGUGAACACAAGCCUAAUCUAGGAGACUGAUAAGUAAAAAGGAAUCCUGCUGAUCCCUUUUUUGCUUUAAUUUUAUUGCUGUCCCAUGUGGAUAGUCCUCUCACCAUCCCUCCCCCGUCACACACAAGAUGAGUAACUGGACAGGAUAUAGCUGCAGAGUUUCUAAGAUGUUUGAAAUGAUUUUUUUAAGUUAUAAAAUUAAUACAAAAUACAUAUUUUGGGGAGAUUGUUACUGAUAUUUGCUUUUACUGAAUGGUUUAACAAUGUUAAUGAGUGUGUCUACUCACCAGUACAGGCAGUAUCAAUGCCAGGUAACCACCAGCAAAGAUGGCAAAGCAGAUGGUGUAGGUCAUAAGUAGUGGAAAUGUGGUGGCUAAAGGAGCAAGCAGGUUAGUGAUGCCGCAGAGGAUGAGGUAAGACUUGUGGUAAUGAUACUUCUUAAUCCAGUUUUGAUCAGCAACCCAUCCAGAAAUAAUCUGACUGACCGUCUCAAGGAUACCUGGAACAAUAUUGAAAUCUUUUUAUUUUCCUAGCCCCUUUGAAAAAUGUGAAUGCAUACGGCAUCAUUUCCCAAGUAAUAUGACCUCAUCCCGAGGCCAGGAUAUGUGAGGAAAAAAAUGAUUUCAUUUGUGUACCAUGAAGCUCUAUUAUUUACUUACCUAUUCCAAAUACAUUUAAUAAAAUAGCAAAAAAGUCUCCGCUAGAGUUGUGUAGAAGACCCCCGUAGUUAGGGUUUUUUUCUGAUUGUGUCUGGAAAGCUUACAUCAUCACUACAGUGGGAAUCUUUGGUUACAGAGGACCCUGGGCGCAGAAGGCCAUGCAGUCCCUUCGUCUAAGAGGUCCUGCAAGUGAGAAAAUGAAGUUUCUAAAAGACAAAUAGACCUUCAGAUGAAAUGAAGGCACCAUGAAGCAAAGUAACUUGCUGAAGUUCCCACAGUUAAGAAAUACAGAGCAGGAGGUUGAGCCAGGGAAGUCUUGCUCCAGAACCAAUCCUUUGAGCCACUGCACUGUGCUGUCUACCUGGGGUUUUCUGUUCCUUACAAUGGCUAUUACCACUGAGCAUCAGCUUUUUGAAAUUUCCACAUUUAUCUAAUAAAUAAUGUCUACUGUGU